AUGGCAUUUUCUCAAUGUUUCUCCUCUGUUUUUCCCGUUCUAGUCAUCUUCCUCUUGACCAACCCUACCUUAAGUGAAGCCCAAAGCACCCAAGAUUUAAUCGACAGAGUGUGUCGCCAGAUGGAGGAGUACGGUUUCUGCAACGAGGCAUUCCAUGAAAACAUGAAAACCCCUGCAACAGACUAUGUUGGCCUCACAGCAAUAGCAAUAGACGUGGCAAUAAAAAACGCAAGCAACACCUAUGAUUAUAUCGUGCUUCUCGUGAAGAACACAACUAACCCUGAAACGAAGGGUGCUUAUAUGGCAUGUGCGAGUGCUUAUGGUACGGUGAAGUCGUCUUUCGAGACUGGCUUGCAGUAUUUUAACAGGAAAGAUUAUGCUGGUAUGCUUAAGGUUGAACAUGAUAUACCAAGAACACAAGCCAACUGUGAAGCUCGUUUGAGCACACCGCCAACUCCAAAUCCCUUGGCUGAUAGGAACAGGCAAAUGAGGAUUCUGAUUAGCAUGGCCUUAGUCACUGGGCAUGAAAUACCGCAUUGA